AUGGGAUUGGAAAGACACAGGAGUGCCGUCGCUCGUAUCGCGACGAGCAUCCGCGGCUUCUACGACCGAAAAGAGCCCUUCCGCAUAUUUCACGGGUCAACAAACAGCACGCGACCGAUCCGCCGCAAGCACGAAGUCGAUAUUAGUGACCUCCGCAAUGUCCUCCAGGUCGACCCAAAGACUCGAACGGCGUUGGUCGAGCCGAAUGUUCCGAUGGAUCGCUUGGUGGAGGCGACGCUGAAGUACGGCCUCGUGCCACCUGUCGUGAUGGAGUUUCCGGGAAUCACGGCGGGAGGAGGGUACGCCGGCACCGCCGGAGAGAGCAGCAGCUUCAAAUACGGCUUUUUCGACCGGACCAUCAACUCGGUUGAGAUGGUCAUGGCAGAUGGAACGGUUCUGAAGGCAUCGGAGAAGGAAAAUGCGGAUCUCUUCCGGGGAGCGGCGGGCGCGGCCGGCAGCUUGGGGGUUACAACGAUGAUGGAAUUGCAGUUGAUCGAGGCAAAGAAGUUCGUGAAGGCCACAUAUCACCCCCAGCAAAGCGUGAAGGACUCGGUUCACGAGGUGCAUUCCCACACCCUUGAUGAUCGCAAUGAUUACGUGGAUGGCAUCCUAUACGGGCCCGAACAUGGCGUGGUGGUUGCCGGAGAAAUGACGGACGAGAUACCGGAUGCUGCACAGGUGCAGACCUUCAGCCACGCCUGGGACCCUUGGUUCUAUAUGCAUGUCCAGGAAAAGACGCGGGGCUCGAAAUCUCCCGUCACAGACUACGUCCCGCUGGCCGAGUAUCUGUUCCGAUACGAUCGUGGCGGUUUCUGGGUCGGCAGGUCGGCCUUCAAGUACUUUCAAUUCCCGUUCAACCGCGCAACCAGAUGGGUUUUGGAUGAUUUCCUCCACACGAGAAUGCUGUAUAAGGCGCUCCACGCGAGCGGAGAGUCAAGCCGAUAUAUAAUUCAGGACCUAGCCCUCCCAUACUCAACGGCCGAAUCCUUCAUCGACUACACAAGUGAGAAGCUUGGGAUUUGGCCCUUGUGGCUUUGCCCCCUCAAGCAGAGCCCGGCCCCGACAUUCCAUCCACACGCAACAGUCGACAGUCCCGGCUUCACCGCAGAUCAGAUGCUCAACAUUGGCGUGUGGGGGUUCGGGCCCAAGGACCCGGAGACGUUUGUGACAGCGAACCGAGACUUGGAGCGCCGACUCCGUGAACUGGGGGGGAUGAAGUGGUUCUACGCACAUGCCUACUACAGCGAGGAUGAGUUCUGGAAUAUUUAUAACCGGGCAUGGUACAAUGGCCUGCGACACAAGUACGCUGCCGAAACUUUGCCUACUGUUUAUGACAAGGUCAAGAUUGACGUCGAAGCGGACCGCAAGGAAAGGGCGGAAUCCUGGAGUCGCACGGUCCGUUCUAUUUGGCCUGUUGGCGGACUCUGGGGGAUUAGGAAAGCGAUUGAGAGCAAGGAGUACUUGAUCCAUCGCAAUUCCACCUGGAAGUGGAAAAGCUAA